CCCUCGAAGCCCGGCGCUGGAGGCUGGGCCGUGCCGUGGGGCGGCCGCGGCGCUCGGGGCCGGGGCCUGGCGGGGCUGCAACCGCAGCCGCGCAGCCGGGUCUUUCCUUUGCAGCACCCACGCCCCGCGAGGCCCGCGGACCCCCCGCCCGGGCCUGCGCGUCACUGGCGGGCCCCGACCCCCAGGGCAGGUCCAGGCAGGCACCACCCAGAGGGCGGGCUGGGGAGGACACGCGCGACUCCUCGGGAGGUGUCCACCACCUCCUCCUCCGCGGUAGUGGUGAGGGCUGGGCUGUGGCCGCCCCCGGGGACACACCCAUUCAGGAGGGGCUGUCACAGGCAUGGCCUCUGCAGGAGGUGGAGGUCCCAUUAGCUCCCUGGAGGGCGGGGUUGGAAGCAACUUGUCCUGGCGCCCCAGCCUGCUUUGUGACCUUGGGGGUUGGGGCGUUGUGUCUCUGAGCCUUCCCUGAUCUGCAAAUGGAGGCCCCUCUGGGCUGCGUGCUAAGUCGUCUGUUGCCAGUAGGAUGGAGCCUGACCUGCUGGCUUCUCAGUGCUGAUCUCACCUUUCACCUGAAGAGGCCAGUGAGUCCCUUGUCCUCUCCUCCCACCCACUGAGUCUCCCAAGUGCCCACAAUCUGGUUGUGCUUGGGCCCCGCCUCUGACAUUCCUCGUUGACCUGGUUCAUGUGUACUGAGGACUGGGUCACGUGGAGGCUUGCUCCUAGGGAAGAUGGCAGCUAUUCAUACAACUCCAGAUUCCCCAGCUGCCCAGCUGGAGAGGGUAGAGGAUGGGUCAGAGUGUGAUCUUGACCAGGAGCAGGAAGAGGAAGAAGAAAAGGAGAAAGAGGUGGAGGACGAGGAGGAGGAAGAAAUUGUAGUGGAAGAGGAAGAAGAGGAGGACAUGGCAGAGGUGGUGGAGGAGGAGCAGGUGCAGGAGGUGGCAGAGGUGGAGGUGGAGGCAGAGGCAGAGUUGGAAGAAGAGGAGGACGAUGACAAUGACAUGGAGGAGGUGCUGGCAGAGGAGCAGAGUCCAGGGUUGGGCACCCCUGAGCCUCUUAGCCAUAGUGGCGAUGCCAAGUCCUCAGUUCUUCAGGAAAAGGCCCCACAGCCUUCUCAGGUUCCAACUACUGCUCAGGAUGAGGAUCUGGAGGAGGAAGAGGAGGAGGAGGAGGAAGAGGAGGAGGAAGAGGAGGAUGAUUUCCUUACAGCUGGGUCUCAGGGACUGGUGACGUUUGAAGAUGUGGCUGUGUACUUCUCUCUGGAGGAGUGGGAGAGGUUGGAUGCAGACCAGCGGAGCCUCUACCAGGAAGUGAUGCAGGAGAACUACGGGAUCUUAGUGUCCUUGGGAUACCCAAUCCCCAAGCCAGAUCUGAUCUUCCGCCUGGAACAAGGGGAAGAACCUUGGGUACCAGAUAGCCCUCACCCUGAGGAGGGAGACAUUGUCACUGGUGUCUACACAGGAGCCUGGUUCUGGAAUGAUGACAUAGAGGACCACGAGGAGGAAGAUGAUGAGGACUUCCUGGCAGAGAUGGCGGAGGAGGAGAACGAGCCGCCAGGUCUAUGGUCUGCGGCCUACGGCGUGGGGGAUGUGCCUGGGACUUGGGGUCCUGACGACUCAGAUUCAGCACAGACUCCAGAGGAGUGGGGACCGGACCCAGGAGGCCUUGGGGUCCUGGCUGAGGAGUGUGAGGCGAAGCCCUUCCUACCUGGCCGGGAGCCUGGCUCAAACCUGCUGGCUCCCUGGUCGUUUCCCACCACAGUGGUUGCCCCUACCGGGCGGCCUGAGACCACUUGCGAUGUGUGCGGCAAAGUAUUCCCACACCGGUCACGGCUCGCCAAGCACCAGCGCUACCACGCAGCUGUCAAGCCCUUUGGCUGCGACGAGUGUGGCAAGGGCUUCGUGUACCGCUCACACCUGGCCAUACACCAGCGCACACACACCGGCGAGAAGCCUUUCCCGUGCCCGGACUGCGGCAAGCGCUUUGUUUACAAGUCACACUUGGUCACGCACCGGCGCAUCCACACUGGCGAGCGGCCUUAUCGAUGCGCCUUCUGCGGCGCGGGCUUUGGACGCCGCUCCUACCUGGUGACACACCAGCGCACGCACACGGGCGAGCGGCCCUACCCGUGCCCACACUGUGGUCGCAGCUUCAGCCAGAGCUCUGCGCUCGCGCGGCACCAGGCUGUACACACGGCUGACAGGCCGCACUGCUGUCCUGACUGUGGCCAGGCUUUCCGCCUGCGUGCCGACUUCCAGCGCCAUCGGCGUGGUGGUGGCUGUGCAGAACCCAGUGGUGACGGCCCACGACAGGAGUCCGGUGAGGUGGCAUCCGCAGUGGGGCCCGAGGAGCAGGAAGCUGGGCCUGAGGGGCCUGAGGAGUCUGAGGAGCCUGAGGCUGUGGAAGCGGAUGGAGACGCCGAGGCCGAGGCUAGAGAGGAGGUGGUGGCGGCGGAGGCUCCUGAAAGCAAGAAAGACCCCGAGCCAGACAGGCGGUUCUUGGAGAUGGGCAAUGGCUUGGGGGAGGGCGAAGGUCCUUCCUCGCACCCACUUGGUUUCCACUUUCCUGUGCACCCCAAGUCUUGGCUCCACCCGGAUGGCUUCCCGAUCCUGGGCCUCCCAGACUUCGGAGAGCGGCUGCCGGCAGAUGGGCGCCCCUUGCAGGGACCUUUGGGAGGCCCACUGUCCUUGGUGGAGGGCACGGGGCUGGCCUGCGACCCUUUUGGCAGCGGUGGUGCCGGGGGCAGUGGUGGCGGCCUGCGUGCCUUUGGUCCCGCGGUUGGGGGACUGCUGGCAGAGCCGGCGCCUGCCGCAUUAGCUGAGGAGGAGAGCCCGUGGAUCUGCUCGGACUGCGGCAAGACAUUCGGGCGCCGUGCAGCGCUAGCCAAGCACCAGCGCUACCACGCAGGCGAGCGGCCUCACCGCUGCGCUGACUGCGGCAAGAGUUUCGUAUAUGGCUCGCACCUGGCGCGCCACCGGCGCACACACACAGGGGAGCGGCCUUUUCCUUGCCCGGAGUGUGGCGCGCGCUUUGCCCGUGGCUCGCACCUAGCGGCGCACGUGCGCGGCCAUACCGGCGAAAAACCCUUUGUUUGUGGCGUGUGCGGUGCUGGCUUCAGUCGCCGUGCUCACCUGACAGCGCACGGGCGCGCGCACACGGGCGAGCGGCCCUACGCGUGUGGCGAGUGCGGCCGGCGCUUUGGGCAGAGCGCUGCGCUGACACGGCACCAGUGGGCACAUGCGGAGGAGAAGCCGCACCGAUGCCCCGACUGCGGCAAAGGCUUCGGCCACAGCUCGGACUUCAAGCGGCACCGGCGCACACACACAGGGGAGAAGCCCUUCCGCUGCGCCGACUGUGGCCGCGGCUUCGCACAGCGCUCUAACCUGGCCAAGCACCGGCGUGGCCACACGGGCGAGCGGCCUUUCCCGUGCCCCGAGUGCGGCAAGCGCUUCUCGCAGCGCUCAGUGCUUGUGACCCACCAACGCACGCACACAGGCGAGCGACCCUACGCCUGCGCCAACUGUGGCCGCCGCUUCUCGCAGAGCUCGCACCUGCUUACUCACAUGAAGACGCAUCGCGGUGCCACGGGCGCUCCGGGACAGGCGGCAGCGGCGGCCCCUGUGCCUAAGACCGAGGCGCCGGCCAAGGGUCUGCCAAGUGCUAAUGCGAGCUCCGGGUCAGGGGAGCGCGGCAGCACCUUGCUGGAGUUCGCCGGUGGGACGAGCUUUGGCUCGGAGCCUGCGACUGCGUUCGCGGGGCCCUCGAGCGCCUACGAGGAGAGCAUCAUGUGAGGGGCGCGAGGCCGAAGGAAGUGCAACCCACUAGGUCACCGGCCCCUCCCCUGGGCGGCUCGGGCGCAGGCCGCUGCGGGACCGCCCCUUGCUCCUCUGGCCUAGGAGUGAGGGCCCCAGUCCUGGGUGUGGUGCCUUCCUUCAGCCC